UUUCAAGGUCUCCUCUCUCAGUGUCUUGCCGACGUGGUGGAUUUCCCCUACAGUUGGCAUGCACUGGACACUGUGUAUAUACAUUAUACUAUAUAGUACAAUGAGCGCCGGAAUCAGUGUUUUUGAACAACCGUAGAAAAUGUUGUACUUAGAAGUGAGUGAAUGAAUGCAAUAGAUGUUUAUAUGCCUGCAACAUUAGAUUAGUAGCUUCGUGGGGGAAUCCCGUCGAUGUAGAAUGAUAAACAUGCCUGUUGUUAAUCGUUCACCGGAUGGUAUUUAACAAAUGAGAUUUCAAAUAGAAAUUGUAUAUGAUUGUGCAUUUUUAGUUGAUUUGUUGUAUUUCAGCAAUGAAACGUAUCGUAGUAAUUAUAAUUUAUGUUACUCUUGUACAUAUUAACAUUGUUGAAGCAGGGUACUUUGAUCUAUUAACAAAUGCCGUUUCUGGAGUUUGGUGUCAAGCUUUCGAAUGCUGUGAUUCUACGUGGGAAAACGCCGACGUCUCACGUUUGGAUUAUGAACUGGCAGAAAAACUGUAUGGGCAACACAUAGCUCAUGACUUAAUUGUCAAUGCGAUAAGAAGUCAUGUGAAAGGUAAUAAUCAUAAACCUUUAGUGAUGAGCUUUCAUGGCUGGCCGGGCGGUGGGAAGAAUUAUGUUACAAAGUUUAUCAUGAAGAACUUAUUCAAGAAUGGCGAAACUGAUAAACAUGUACACAUUUUUUCUGGGAAAGCUCAUUUUCCUUUAAUUCAAGAAGUUUAUUUAUACCAGCACCAACUGAAAACUUGGAUUAGAGGGAAUGUGAGCCGGUGUUCUACAUCAAUGUUCAUUUUUGAUGAAGUUGACAAAAUGCCACCUGGCGUUUUUGAUUCUAUGAAGCCUUAUCUUGACCAUCACGGAUGGUUUGAUCACGUUGAUUUUAGGAAUGCAAUUUUCAUAUUUCUGUCCAACACUGGAAGUAAUGUAAUUACUAGGACAAUGAUUGAGCUUUACAAAAAUGGGAGAAAACGUAAUGAUCUCAAAUUAAGUGAUUUUGAAAACCUAAUAGCCAGUGGUGCUUUCAAUGAAAAAGGUGGCCUUCAUGGAAGUGAUACUAUUGCUGGCAAUGUGAUUGAUCAUUAUGUACCAUUCCUCCCAUUAGAAGAGGAACAUGUAAAGAAAUGUAUCCGUGAUGCAUUUGGAAGCAAGACCUCUCAACCACCUUCGAACAGUGAUUUAGAAGAAGUUUUGGAAUACUUAACAUAUGGCCCAGAGGAAAUGAAAAUAUUUUCAAACUCUGGAUGUAAAAGAGUUUCACAGAAGGUUGCAACAGUUGUGGAAAAGAAGAAGUACCCUCCAAGACGUACAGAGCUUUGAAUUGUUUUUGAUCAUUAUAUUUACUUUCAGUAUUGAAGCUUUGAUCUUCCCGUGUUUGAGCAUUUUAUGUCUUGUAUCAGAUUUUUAACCCACUAUAUAGCAAAAGUUGUUGUGAUGUGAACAAUUUACUGAAAGCAAUUUUUUAUGUUUAUUGUACAAUGUUUUAUAGGCAGUGUAAUUGUGUGUGUGUGUGUGUGUGUGUGUGUGUGUGUGUGUGUGUGUGUGUGUAGGGAGGAGAUGGGUUAACAGAUGUUUGUAUGCCAUGUUUUCCAAUACUUGAUUGGGUCUGUAAUUGAAACACUUUUAUUUUCAUUGCUUGUUAUAGGCAUUAAAAGCUAACUGUGAUACUCCUUUUUAAUUUGUUGCACUAUUUUGUCUGUGAGUGGCUGAUGUAAAAAAAAAGGGGUGUAAAAUAUAUAAAAUAUAGCUUUGUUGCACAUUACAGCAUGACACAAGUGCAGCUUAAAAACCUUGUGCUGGUUUACCAUAGACAUUAUAAGACGGCAGCUACUUUUUAAGACAGCAGCUACUUUUUAAGACAGCAGAAAUGAGUGUUUGCAUAUUGUUUUGUAUGGAUUGUAUAAAUGUACUUCAAUAUGCAUGCAUAAGUUAUUUGUGAAUAAAUACAGAAAGCGCAUAUUUAUAGAAAAAUUGUAUAUGAGAAAUAUUUUCAGUGCAGUAAUCAUACUAAGGAACUUGUGAUUAUAUCUGUAAGUGUACUUUGUUACGCAAUAAUGUAAAAAAAUAAAAGAAAUUU